AUGGAAGCAGCCAUUGAUUUGGCUGCGAAAAAGAUGGUAGCGGUGAGCUUGUUAAUGUUACUUUUGGUCGUGUGCAUGGGAAUGAAACACGACCAGGGAUUAUGUGCUAGCAAGAAUUCCAUGGUCCCAUUCUCGGGUUUCAAAGUACAUAUUCAAUAUAGAUGGGAAUUAUACCAUCUUUCUGUCUCCAAGCAAUUGCGACUCUCACAUUGUCGCCAUGGCAAAGUUGUAUCUACAACAGUUAUUCCAUUAGCCCAUGGAUCCAAUUUGUGGAACAGCUCCUUCUGUUUUGUAAAACCGAUAGUGCCUACUUUAGCAAUAGCAAGCGGAACUUCGAUUUUGGAUACCUUGGGUAGUAUAGUUGGCCACAAACUCGAACAGUUGACGAAAGAAACUUAUUUUCUGUUUGCAAGAGAUGUAAUUCUGCAAGCCGAUCCGGAUAAAACUACGUUGGAUACUACCCCAAAAGAA